AUGGGUCUUGACAAAGACAAACCCGUUGAAACUGUCCAUCUGGAGGAUACCCCGUCGACAAUGAAUCCCACUCAUAUAAAGAAGUCUGAUCACCCUGGUGAAGUCUUCGGGUCUGUUAUGAGCCUUACGGUGGCUCUGACAAGUUACCGAAAUGCCAUGCUAUACAGUCUGUUCUUCUGCUUUUCUGCCAUCCUCUGGGGUUACGAUAUGCAGAUCAACGGAGGUCUUCUUGCCGCUCCCGAGUUCCGCGCAGUGUUUGGAUAUACCCAGUCUGAUGGCAGGACUAUCCUUCCAGCGGAAUGGCAAGCCGCUUUCAACAUGAUUGCCACGGUUGGUGGAAUGUGUGGAAGUCUGCUGUGUGGUCCUAUCUCGCCUUACGUAGGUCGAAGGAUGACUUUGACCAUCGCAUGUGUCAUCUCCAGUGGCUCCAUCUUCUUACAGUUCUUUGCAUUCACUCGAGGGGUGUUACUUGCUGGAAAGUUGAUCAACGGAAUCUCACUUGGCAUGUUCCUCGUCACCGCAUGUGCCUACUGCUCUGAAGCUUGUCCUGUCGUGCUUCGCGGAAUCGCCAUUGCCAUGGUCAAUCUCUUUGUUGUGGUCGGCCAGCUCGUCGGGAACUGUCUCAUUAAGGCUUUCGGUGGCCGACCAGAUAAUUUUGCGUACAGAAUCCCCUUCGCUUUCCAAUGGAUUUUCCCGGCAAUUCUUCUCGCCGGGGUGUGGUUCUGCCCCGAAUCUCCAUACUGGUACGUCCAAAGGGGCAAGCAUACCGAGGCCAAGAAAUCUCUCGAACGAUUCCAGACUGGCGGGAGCAUUGACAGCUGGCUCAUUGAAAUCCAAGAGACGGUUCGCAUAGAAGAGGAAUCAGCAUCUUCCGCUGGCUAUUUGGAUUGUUUCCGAGGAACUGACCUUCGUCGAACACUGAUUAUCAUUUCUGUUUGGGCCAUCAACUCUUUCAGUGGUGUCAACUUUGUGCUCAGCUACUCAACCUACUUCUUCCAAGUUGCCGGCAUCCCUACCUCUUCAUCCUUCGACAUGGGCGUCGGUGUGACUGCAGUUGGUGUGCUCGGAAACAUCUGCUCAUGGUGGGUCAUCAACACUAUCGGUCGCAGGGCUCUCUUCCCUGGCAUGCUCGUUCUCGCUACCAUUCUCUUCGUCAUUGGUAUUCUUGACGUCCUACCACGUUACAACUCCUCCAUUGCUAUGGGACAGUGCGUGUUGAUUAUCGUCUGGAACUUCUUUUAUGAUCUCACUCUUGGACCUCUUGGAUACGUGAUCUGCGGAGAAAUGUCUUCUACUCGAUUGCGGUCAUACGGAGUCAGCAUUGGUUUCUUCGCGCAAAGCUUCUGGACUUUGAUCAUCACGAUUAUCAUGCCUUACAUGAUAAACCCCGAUGAAGGUAACCUCCGGGGUAAGACAGGUUUUAUAUUCGGGGGAUUCUCAAUCAUCGCCUGUGUUUGGACUUACUUCUUCUUACCAGAGACCAAAGGCAGGACCUUUGAGCAACUGGAUCAUAUGUUUGAGCAGAAGAUCUCGGCCCGCAAAUUUGCCGGAUAUGACCAAAGACCACAUGAAGAAUAA